AUGCAUAUUGUUCAUUAUAAUCGUGAAUUCGGCGAUUUCAAUUUAGAAAAUGGAGACGCAGUUCUUGUCAUUGGAAUAUUAUUCGAAAUAGGAAAAUAUUCAAAUGCUUUGUGGAAAAUAUUAGAUAAUGUUCACAAAGUUCAAGAGCCAGAAUCUGCAGGAGUUGAAAUAGAACCAUUUCCAAUUUCCGACUUUUUCGAUGAAAAUUCAUUUGAUUAUUAUGUUUCUUAUACAAGAUCUUUAAGAAAACCGCCAUGCAGUGAAGGUGUUACAUGGAUUAUAUUAAUUCCAUCAUUGGACGUAUCAGCCUCGCAGAUGAAAAUCUUUCGAUCUAUUAAAUUAAAUUGUGAUGAUGAUGAUCACAAUAAUUGUCCUCCUCAAACAAUCAAUGAUCGAAAACCGGGCAAAAAGGGCUGUCUAAUAUAUUCUUAA